AUGGUUUUUUCCCUCUUUUUUUAAAAAACGAAAACAACAACAACAAAAAAGCAAGAAUCAAGAUGCCUUGAGACACACGCAGCAUCUGGCGGAGGAUUAACAUACAUACAUGUGUAUGUAUGCGUCACGUAUAUAUUUACUGCAAAUGGUGGGGAUCAUUUAGUGCCCGAGAUGGGAGACCUGAAGUCAGGUUUUGAAGAGGUGGAUGGCGUGAGGCUCGGCUACCUCAUCAUUAAAGGGAAGCAAAUGUUUGCCCUCUCCCAAGUCUUCACAGAUCUGCUGAAAAACAUCCCGAGGACGACCGUGCACAAGCGCAUGGAUCAUCUGAAAGUGAAGAAGCACCACUGCGAUCUGGAGGAGUUGCGGAAACUCAAGGCAAUCAACAGCAUCGCCUUCCACGCAGCCAAAUGCACACUCAUCUCCCGGGAAGACGUGGAAGCUCUCUACACCUCCUGCAAAACCGAGCGCGUCCUCAAGACCAAGCGCAGGCGGGUCGGCCGGAACGGUUUCUGCCCGCCUCCGCACCACCACCACCACCACCACCAUCACCACCACCACCACCACCACCGGGCCCAGCCGCCGCAGCAGAGUCACCACCCCCCUCACCACCACCGGCCGCAGCCCCAUCUGGGCAGCUUUCCCGAGAGUUGCAGCAGCGACUCCGAGUCCAGCUCCUACUCGGACCACGCGGCCAACGACUCGGAUUUUGGCUCCAGUUUGUCCAGUUCCAGCAACUCUGUGUCCUCGGAGGAAGAGGAGGAGGAGGGAGAGGAGGAGGAGGAGGAAGAGGAGGAGGAGGAGGAGGGGGGCAGCGGGGCCUCGGAUUCCAGUGAAGUCAGCUCGGAGGAGGAGGACUCGUCCACCGAGUCGGACUCCAGCUCCGGCUCCAGCCAAGUGUCAGUGCAGAGCAUCCGAUUCAGGCGUACCAGCUUCUGCAAGCCUCCCAGCGUGCAGGCGCAGGCCAACUUCUUGUACCAUCUGGCCUCCGCCGCCGCUGCAACCAAACCCGCUGCUUUCGAGGAUGCCGGCAGACUUCCCGACCUCAAGAGUAGUGUCAAAGCGGAGUCGCCGGAGGAGUGGAAUCUGCAGAGCUGGGCCCCCAAAGCGUCUCCGGUGUACUGCCCGGCCAGCCUGGGGAGUUGUUUCGCAGAGAUAAGGAACGAUAGGGUAUCUGAGAUUACAUUCCCACACUCUGAAAUUUCCAAUACUGUAAAGAGAACUGACCUGACAAUUAACUGCCUGGCAGAGGGGGCCUCUUCACCUAGCCCAAAGACAAACAAUGCAUUUCCACAACAAAGAAUACUCCGAGAGGCUAGGAAAUGCCUACAAGCAACUCCUACUACACACUGUGCAGAUAACAACACAAUAGCUGCUAGGUUCUUAAAUAAUGAUUCUUCAGGAGCAGAAGCAAAUUCAGAAAAAGAUUCCAAAAUCCUUCAUUGUCCUGAAUUUGCUACGGAUUUGCCCUCUUCGCAGACUGAUCCUGAAGUGAACGCUGCAGGAGCAGCAGCAACUAAAGCCGAGAAUCCCUGCACUGACACAGGUGACAAGACAUUGCCAUUUCUGCACAAUAUUAAAAUCAAAGUAGAAGACAGUAGUGCUAAUGAAGAAUAUGAACCUCACCUUUUUACAAAUAAGCUAAAGUGCGAGUGCAAUGAUACAAAGGGUGAGUUUUACAGUGUGACUGAGAGUAAAGAGGAGGACGCCUUGUUAACCACAGCCAAGGAAGGUUUUGCAUGCCCUGAAAAAGAUACUCCUUCCUUAAAUCCACUGGCUCAAAGUCAGGGCCUUUCAUGCACUUUAGGUUCUCCAAAACCUGAGGAUGGGGAAUAUAAAUUUGGUGCCAGGGUAAGAAAAAAUUACCGGACACUAGUACUGGGAAAGCGACCUGUCCUUCAGACACCUCCAGUCAAACCAAAUUUGAAAUCAGCUAGAAGCCCUCGUCCUACAGGUAAAACUGAGACACAUGAAGGAACACUGGAUGAUUUUACAGUUAUAAACAGACGCAAAAAGGUAGCCAGCAAUGUAGCAUCAGCAGUGAAAAGGCCAUUUAAUUUCAUGGCAAAUUUUCCUUGUCCACCAUCACUCAUUAUUGGGAGAGAUGGGGACUUGUGGCCGGCGUAUUCCUUAAACACCACUAAGGAUUCUCAAACUCCUCACAAGGCCCAUCCUAUAUGGAAAUGGCAGCUGGGCGGUUCUGCAAUACCUCUUCCACCUAGUCACAAAUUCAGGAAAUUUAAUUCAUAA